AGCGCCUGUUUAUUAUCAGUCGAUUGCUGCCCAGUCAAGAUGACUAACAAGCUGUAUGCUUUGGGCCCGCUUAUCUGAACACUGGAAUGAAAAUGCCAAUAAGCUCUGCCCUGAUUGAUGGCCAACUGCACUGGAAGUCAGCUACAACCAGAACAGAACCGAACAAAAAAGUGUUUUGGCAACGAUAAGGCUUAGUAGACAAACUGCUGUGCUCCAUACAGCACAAGCAUUGGCAAGAGCCAUGCGGCCAUACUAUGAAGAUCCAUGUCGCUAUAGUCAUCAUCAUCACCAUCAUCGCCCAAAUAUCGAGAUUGAUGUUUUCCCCGGCUGGGGUGGCUCAUAUUAUCCGCCGCCGGCUGCUAGGCCCGAAGUCGUCAUAGUUAGCCCAGCGACCAACUAUAUGCCGCUGCCUGGUGGCCAAGCGAUGAUGCCUCAGCCAUACAAUGGCAUGUCCAUGGGCGGAACGGGCUACUAUCAACAGCAGCAGGGCUAUCAGUAUCAAUAUCAGCAGUACAACACGCCCCCCUAUCCACAAUGGUAGACAACGCGCCCACGCAAUCGAGUGUAAAACCUUGAAUUAUUAUGAAAUAUGUUAAAUGUUUGUGUACAUCGCGAAAAUAAAUUUAUUUAUAAGUGGCAAUUAUAAAGCAUGCCCUUUAAUUGUGAACCAUUUUUUGUUAUGAACCGGACUUUGUUCAAAAACUAGCAAAAUC